AUGCCUUGGAACCUUGAGGGACGCGUGGGCGUUGUGACAGGGGCUUCAUCGGCAAUCGGUAGACAGUUGGCUGCGCGCUUGGUGAGCGAGCAUCGCAUGCGAGUGGCGUGCGUUUCUAGAAAGGACGUGAAUGGCUUAGUUCCCGCAGAAUGCAACUGCCUUAGGGCAGAUCUCUCGGUGUCUUCGGACUGCGAUGCCGUGAUGAAACGUGUGAAGGAGACAGUGGGGCCUGUGGCUCUUCUUGUCAACUGCGCCGGCGUAACUCUUAACAAGGUGCACGUGCGCUGUACCGACGACGACUACGAUGCGCUGAUGAACGUCAAUGUUCGUGCUGCACUGCAACUAACACGAUCCACGCUUCGCCAUGGGGGAAUGCUCAAGGAGGGCGAUGGCUGCAUUAUCCACGUCGGCUCUGUCGUGGGCAGUAUGGGUAACGAAGGGCAGGUCCUUUAUGCAGCGUCUAAAGCUGCUUUGAGUGGGGCUGUGAAGUCAUGGGCACGGGAGUAUGGUGCAAAGAACCUCCGCUUCAACGUCAUUGCCCCAGGCCUGAUCGAGGGGGAGGGAAUGGGCGCUACGCUGAUGGAAGAUCAGCGGGAGUGGUGGCGCAGGCGUUGCCCGAUGGGCCGCUUGGCCACUACAGAGGACAUCGUGGAUGCCAUCAUUGGCGUGGGUUUGUGCCGCUACAUCAACGGCCAGACCGUCCUUGUGGAUGGAGGGCUGUCUUGA